AUGGAAUAUCGAGGUCAACACAGCAUGAAAGACCUGCGCGCCUCGGGGGCCCUAGGCUGGGCUCAUGCGACGGAAAGUGUCGGACAAUAUCUACAAGGCAUAAUCCCCAGUGUCUGCCGAGCUAGAAUUAAGGGCCUCCACCGCCAUACCUCCAGUGAAGACAAGACAGACCCUAAGAAAGUAGUGACCACCUCUUUUUAUGAUCGCCGGAAUCUUCACGUCGCGACGUGCCAUGCCCACGGUGAUGGCACAUGGAAAUUGUUCUUCUCGAGCCAUGGCCAUGACGAACUACAGAAGUUAGGCCUAUCAGCUCCGGAUGAAGGACGACCAGAGCCGAAAGUAACGGUGAAGGAAUCGGUCACCAGCUGUGGCCAUAUUACUCACCAUGGGGAGAUGAUCACUAAACCUCGUGGUUGUCUAGCUACAGUGGCUAUUAACAAUGACGAAGCGCAUCGCCUCUCUGCCCAGGACUCUGGCACUGCCCUUCGCCAGCCGGCGGCGAAUCAGAAACCACAGGCGAAGAUGCAACGGGACCCUCAGAUUAUCCCAGCAAAUACGAACCAUGAACCACCAAACCAGUCAUCGCCGACGAGGAAGAACCCUUCCGUCAAUCACAUUCUCAAAACCCCCAAUAAAGAGCCGCUCCCAUUCGCACGCGACGCCAAGACACACCUUUUAGACACUGAGCAACUGCAGCUGGCAUCAGACCUAGCGAAACCAGAUCUCAAGGGGAAGGAACAGCGGGCACUGUUCCAGAGACUGAAAUCGAUGCCCCCUGAUUACCAGGAGCAGAUCCUAGAGCGCUCGAAGGUCAUCAAGUCCCGUGCCAGUACCGAAGCGGGGACUGAGACAGAUGAUAAUGUGAACAUGGGGUUAUGA